AUGGUGUCCUGCGAUUAUGAUGAAUUUGGUCGAGAUGAGUUUAGUUUUGGGAAUAGAGGGGUUCCAAAUGGGGCUGAUCGUGAAGGGCCGGUGCUCUCGAAGCUCGGUUCGAGCUCCACGGCUGAGCUUCACCCAAAGACUGGUGCUCAUGAAGCUAAGCCAACAGCAAUGCCACCUACUAGUGUCAUGACCAGACUCAUUCUCAUAAUGGUGUGGCGAAAACUCAUCAGAAAUCCCAACACUUACUCCAGCCUUUUUGGCAUUACCUGGUCUUUAGUCUCUUACAAGUGGGGUAUUCAGAUGCCUGCUAUAAUAGCCAAAUCGAUAUCUAUUCUGUCUGAUGCUGGUCUUGGAAUGGCUAUGUUUAGUCUUGGUUUGUUCAUGGCAUUACAGCCUAAAAUCAUUGUAUGUGGCAACUCGAUUGCGGCCUUUUCCAUGGCUAUUCGAUUUGUCACAGGUCCUGCGGUCAUGGCUGCUGCCUCAAUCGCUGUUGGACUACGUGGUGUUCUGUUGCACAUUGGAAUUGUUCAGGUACAAUAA